AUGAAGAAGAAGACACACUCUUCUCCGCUCAAUGAGCAAUCCAUUGACUCUUCUGAUGAAAGUGAAUCUUUCUCAUCUUCUUCAUCAUCCGAAAAUGAAACCCAAUCUCUCACCGAACCAUCCUCCUCCUCCUACUCCUCAUCAUCAUCAGAUGAAGAAUCUCAAUCUCUCAGCGAACCAUCCACCCCUUCUUCACCGUCUUUGAAUUUUUCAUCACAAACUCAAUCUCUUGAAGAAACAUCCAUAUCCUCAUCUUCUUCAGUUUCUUCUUCAUCAUCAGUUUCAAAAUCCACUUCCAACUCGCCAACUUCGAACUCAAACCACAAAACUCAGGCCCAAUCCUUCAUAGUAUCGUCUCUAUCUGGAACUAAGCGUUCCGGGGAGAACAUCAACGACCCUGAACCUGAAGAAAAGAAGAAGAAGAAGAAAGAAGAUUCUAGCCAAGACCACAAAAAUCACUUAAACUCUGUCAUGCUGAAAAGAGAGAAUGCACUUCCGAAAAAUUUGACUAUCUCACACAAUCAGAAACUACUUGAAUCCAAUGUUGAACAAGAAGAAGAAAACCCUAAUAAUGAAGCAGCUGGUAAGAAAUCAUUUGAACCUAAAGUUGAACAAAAAGAAGAAGAAAAAGGAAACCCUAGCGGAAAAACUCCAAGUAAUAAUGAACCUGCCGAUGAAAAACCGCCAAAAAUUAAGCAGGAACAGUUACCGUAG